UUUCACCGGAAGUCUGACGUCGCACAGUAUUCUGUCAGAAAAAAAUAAUCUACAUUCGAACAAAUCAGAAGGGUAGCUAAAGCUACACGAGUGGAAUAAGACAAAUAUUGUCGUUUGUCGAAAAUACGUUAACCUCUAUCGAAAACCCCUGAAGACCACUGUAAUGGCCGAGGAAAACAUAUUCCUUUUCGUUCCGAAUUUGAUCGGCUAUGCCCGCAUCGUGCUGGCUCUGCUUGCCUUCUACCUGAUGCCAUGCUGUCCAGUACCAGCUGUGUUCUUCUACCUGCUCAGUGCCCUCCUGGAUGCCUUUGAUGGGCACGCCGCCCGCGCCCUCAACCAAGGCACUAAGUUUGGUGCGAUGUUGGACAUGUUGACAGACCGCUGUGCCACCAUGUGUCUCCUGGUCAACCUAGCUCUGCUUUACCCCUCCUACACCUUCCUCUUCCAGAUCAGCAUGAGCCUGGACAUCUCCAGCCACUGGCUGCACCUGCACAGCUCAAUGAUGAAGGGAUCCACCAGCCACAAGGCCAUUGAUCUAUCUGGAAACCCCAUCCUUCGCCUCUACUACACUUCCCGGCCGGUGCUGUUUGUCAUGUGUAUGGGGAACGAGCUCUUCUUCUGCCUGCUCUACGUCUCCUACUACAUUGAGGAACCCAAUGUGUGGCUGCAGUGGCUGCUUGGUGUCUGUGCCGUGGUGUGUGUGCUGAAGUCUGCCAUCAGCGUUCUGCACCUGAUCACCGCCUCCAGGAACAUGGCUGCCAUCGACAUGUCCGACCGUGAGAGGGAGAGGAGCAAGGCCGAGUGAGAGAAGGAGAGGGGGGACCUCUUAAUCCCUUGGUACGUGUGUAGAUCUGAGAGGAUGGGUGUAACAAUUUGGUAGCAAAUCCACCUUGUCCUCUGAUAGGCUAGGUAGGGCUGUUGUCCUACGUUUACACCGACCCAAUCCUCUCAGAUCUACUUGAGUGCCUAGGGGCUAGAGGUCGAGUUAGGAUUAGGCAAAGAAGAGGGAGAGAGAGAGGGUGUAGGAGGCUGUAGAUGGGUGCAUCUCAAUAGUCUAAAAUGGCUUCCUUUCCUCAUGUCCUUUCCUUCCAUCUGCACAGAUCUGAAAACAAGGGAUUGGUGAGAAUAGUAUAGUGGAUGCCUACUAGUCAAUACUGCUUACCCAUCCAGUUCUCUCACAUCAGAUGAGAGAAAGGAAAGGAGAAGAGGAGAGGAAGCCACUUUAGACUAUUGAGAUGCACCCAAAAGUCUCAAAUAACCCACUGUCUUAGUCACAGCACUGAUAGCAAAGGACUUGAAAUAGUGGGGAAAUCAUUGGAAAAAAACGUUAGGCAGGAGAGAAUGAAAUUAAGCAAGGAAAUGUGGAUAUUUGAGAGGAUUGGGACAAAGCCAGAAAGCAGAGUCAGAGUUGCUGUGUUUGUUGAAUAGAGUUGAAGGAGAAGGUGCGGGAACAAAUAUUAUUGUGUAAUGUAGCCCAAAACACAGAUGGAGGUUAAGAGGAAUCAGGGGACCUUUUUAAAAAGCACACUGAUGAUGGCUAUUUUAGUUAGAAGAUUGUAGCAACUUAAACCUUCUGUUAUGAAUCCUACUAAGUGGUAACGUCCAAGCCACUAUUAUUGCUGUUCCUAUUAAUAUUUAAAUUAUUGUGGUGGUUUUUAUUAUCUAUCGCUAUCAUCAGUAAUGAUUUUGAAAUAGUUGCACUAGAGAUGUAGGGUCGCCAUCAGUUCACUUGUUAUUUUGACGAUUGAGUCUUUACAGCUUGACUUUACCUUUUUGUUUCUAUUAUUACUUCUUUUUUUUACUGUGGUAAUAGAUCGAGGUAGAAGUUGCCCCGGCCACAGAUCUAGGAUCAGAUUACCCAACAAUACUCUUAACCUUGACCAUCAGGAGGAUAACAUAUCUGACCCUGAACCAGUGCUUAGUUGCAACCAGUGGCAGGGGCGCAACUUUCACUGGGGACGGGGUAUGUCCCCCCCCCACGUUCUGAAAUUGCAUUUUUGUCCCCCCCUAGUUUUAUAAUCGGUGUGCUAUAGGACCAUGCGGACGCCUCCAAGUGGUCGGGUAGGCUGUUUGGAGUGUUUAAUAACAAUAUGAAUGGAAAACGAAAGUUGCGCCCCUGGGUAAUGGUGACUGUAGAGGUGGUGUUGGGCCUUUAGGUUGCAGUGAUGAUUGGAUGGGGAAGACACACACACUUUCUUAGACGUGUGUGUGUGUGUGUGUGUGUGUGUGUGUGUGUGUGUGUAUGCACUUGCCACACACACACAUACUCACGCACUUGCUUACAGACAUGCAUUCAUAUCUAUUUGGCACAUUCUUGAGCUCAAGUGAAGACCACCUGAGUAUUGUGUUUUUAUUGUUAUUAUGAAUAUUAUUCAAAGAGCUUUUCUAUCAUCACUAUGUGACCUUGUGUAUUUAUAUACUGUGGCUGAUCUGUUUAUUGUCAACUACUAGAAACUAUAUUUGGAGUGUUGUGAUGUAGCUAUCAGCCAGAUGGCAUCAAAGAUCCCUAGUUCAUUUUACUUCAACAACACGUUUGGGAGAAUGUACUGUAUAAUUUUGAUCAUUUAAAAGGUGAGAGGGAGGAGUUAAAACACAAGCUGUGUAAGUCGUAAGAUAUAUGAUUAUAUAUGAGAAUUCAUUGUGGGUGUCAGUGUAAGAACCGUAAGGUGUUUAGGUUUCAUUUCCAUGCAGUGCCUCCAGCUUGCAGACGUUGUGGAGAAUUUAUUUGUCAACGGUAAUAGAUGAAAAGGCAAUAAAGACAUCUUUGAACCAACCAGUUUA